GUCAAUCUCUCUCGUCAUGGCACCCUACAAGCAAUCGUUGUUUACACUUCUCUGUCUUUUCUUCUCAGUUUCACUACAGGGGCCUCUACAGCCAUCUCGUGAAGAUGAUGGCUAUCAAAAACCGCCUGCUGUUGCUGCAACGAGCGGAUUGGUUGCGCGGGAUCGACGGCCGGUUCCAUCACUAGCAGAACUCGGUUGCGAUGUCGAAGCAACCGGCAACGGGGACUGGAUGGAGGUUGGACAUGGCAGCGACUUUGUGAUGCAAGCUCGUGUUGACGGUAACACUGUGUAUCGUAAAUAUGCUGAGCACACCAACCCGAGACGACGAGUUGUCAAAGCACGAGAUGUUUUGAUGGCGUUUUGGAAGGACUAUUCGAAUCAUGCGGUAGGGAGUCUGCGUCAUAUUGAAUAUCAAGAUAUGGGCAAUAAGGACACGCUUCGAGCUAUUGCUUACGUUCAAAGCAAUUUCAGUCCUAGUUGUUCAGACGGAUGGUGCCGAGUAGCGUGGAACGACGUGGCUGCAUUCGACCACUUGAAGCAGAAGUCUCCUCACGCAAGUGGCUCGAACAAGAUUCCAGACGAGUUCCAAGAGUUUGACAGGCUCUAUGUUUCCUCAUUCGAUUGGUCUGACGGUGACGAUGAUAUGGACGAGUCCUGGUUCCGAGUCAAUUUUAGAAGCUAUGAUGAAUAAUUAACCCAAUUCGCAUGGGAGACCGGAUUCUAUUGUUAGUGGUGGUGUCUUUGAGGGCCGAAUUAGUAGUUUGGGUAGGUGACGGACAGCGAAUACCUGGUGUUGUACAUUUUGUGUUUGUCGAAUAAACCUUCCCAUGUGUCCAGCAACGGAGUGUUGGUUUAUAGUAUCGUACCCAAGUCUAAGUGGCAUCCGUUGAUCGCCACGCGCCCCUCAUAUAUCCAAGCAGUCCACGGACAGCCGUCGUCAUGUUUGCCAUGCCGUCUUCACAGGCACCACAUCACCCUCUUCCCCUUUUUCCUUGCCACUCUGCUUCUCACCCUCGCCGCUCCCAGCCAUAUUAC